GCCGUGUGAUGAGCAGCGAGCGGGGCCUAGCAGCCCAGCCAGCGUCCUGCCGGGGCCCGCGCAGCGCCCGCGCCCGGGUGACUGGCUGAGCGGGCGGCGCCCUGCGCCUGCGGGGCCGCGGCUCCGUCUGCUGCGGGUGGGGAGGGGGACCCGGAGCGGGCGGCGGCCGGAAAGUUUGUUUGUGCGGGGGGCGGCCCGGGCUGGGAUGCGGGGCCCGGCGCUCGCUUCUCCGCCACUCGCCGCUGCGCCGCCGGGGCUGUAGGCGAGGCCGGGCGGGCGCUACCCGCCCCCCCCUCCCCGGGUGCGCGGCCAUUGCAGCGCCGGCCGGCCGGCCGAGGAUGAUCACCAACACGCGGGGCUUCCUGUGGUCCGACCUGGAGACGCGGGCGCUGCUGGAGAUCUGGGGCGAGGCCGACGUGCAGUCGGCCCUGGACGGGAACUUUCGGAACAGCCAUGUGUACCGGGACGUGGCCUGCCGCCUGGCCGAGCUGGGCUUCGAGCGCACCCCGGAGCAGUGCCGCAUCCGCAUCAAGGGCCUCAAGCGCCAGUACUACCAGGCCCGGGACGGGCUGAAGAAGAACGGGCACGCCCGCAAGAUCUGCAAGUACUACGACGAGAUGGACCGGAUCCUCAGCUGCCGGGGCGGGCCGGACAGCGCGCCCGAGCCGCUGGCCCAGCCCGCCGACAGCGCCCAGCUCGCCGCCGGGCCGCCCACCCCGGGCACCCCCCACAACAGCCGCGAGCCCGACACCGAGCUCGACGAGGACGCCGAGCUCGAGUCCCCCCACGACCACUUCACCGAGGACUCGGGCGAGUGCUCGUCCUACGCCGAGCACCCCAUCAAGGUGGAGUGCCCCCCGUUCGCCAUCCCCGUGCCGCCCGCCGAGGGCUUUAAACAAAUCAAUGCUCAAACCAGUACACAACCACUCUCUCAACCCAAAAGAUCAAAAAAACGCCAUGCAAAUUUAACACUGGAUAAAAUGAUGGAAAAAUUCCUACAACAAAGUGUGGAUACAGAAGAGAAAUUUUACAAAUAUGAAGAGCAGCGGCUUAAAAUUGAGGACAAGCGCCGUGAAGCUGAGCAUGCUCGAGAACUCCAGAUGUUACAAAUGUUGGGACAGAUGUUAGCAGGAAUUUCUUCUACAGUAUCACAAAGGUCACAGUCUAUACCAACUAGUCCACCUCAGAGAGCAAAUCACCGAUCAUAUGGCGAUACCUUUAAUUAUAAUGCUAUGACAGCAGCACUUUCUCCACCAAUAGUUAUCGAGAGAGCCUUUUCACUACACAAAACACAUUCUAUAAAGGAUAUGGAGAAUAUUUUUCAAUUGGUGCGCAAUGUUAUUCCUCCUCUAACAGCAAAGAAGCAUAAAGGUCAAGAUGGACGGAUAGGCAUCGUGGGAGGAUGUCAAGAGUACACUGGGGCACCAUAUUUUGCUGCAAUUUCAGCUCUAAAAGUGGGUGCAGACUUAUCCCAUGUAUUUUGUACCAAAGAUGCAGCAGCUGUAAUAAAGUCAUAUAGUCCAGAACUGAUUGUUCAUCCAGUGCUUGACAGUCCUAAUGCUGUUCAUGAAGUGGAAAAGUGGUUGCCGCGACUGCAUUCAGUUGUCAUAGGACCUGGUUUAGGUAGAGAUGACGUACUACUUGAGAAUGCUAAGGGUAUUAUAGAAAAAGCCAAGGUCAAAGGAAUUCCGAUUGUCAUUGAUGCUGAUGGAUUGUGGCUCAUUUCCCAACAGCCUUCUCUUAUUCAAGGUUACCAGCGAGCGAUUCUUACUCCAAAUUAUAUGGAGUUUAGCAGACUUUAUGAAGCUAUGCUUAGAGAUCCUGUGGAUAGCAAUGAUCACCAUGGAUGUGUGUUACGGCUCAGUCAAGCCAUGGGGAAUUUGACAAUUGUUCAGAAAGGAGAAAGAGAUCUUAUUUCAGAUGGAGAAAAAGUACUUGUAUGCAGUCAUGAAGGAAGCAGCCGAAGAUGUGGUGGACAAGGGGACCUUCUUUCAGGUUCUCUUGGAGUCUUGGCACACUGGGCAUUUCUUGCUGGACCAGAAAAAACUAAUGGUCAAAAUCCUUUUCUAGUGGCUGCAUUUGGUGCUUGUUCUCUUACGAGGCAAUGUAACAACCAGGCCUUUCAAAAAUGUGGACGUUCAAUGACUACAUCUGAUAUGGUUUCAGAAGUUGGAACAGCUUUUAACAAACUUUUUGAAACCUGAAGCCAAAGCAGCAGAGUGGAAGGAAAGGAAGAACAAUGGCUACAACAGUAAUUACAUUUACAGUAGAAUAUACAUAAGUAAUACUCCCUUUCAAGUGCUGUAGCAGCAUUGGUAUGCUAGGUAGAUUUUUUUUUUAAUAGAAAAAAUGAUUAAUGUAGAUAGUUUUUUAAGAGUUUGGAAUACAAAAAAUGUUUUGGCUGAAAUAUGCUGUAGUUGCAGAACUGUUAUAUAAUAUAAUAAAACUAAAGUGAAAGUA